UUCCAUUGAGAGCUUUUCUCAAGAAAAGACUCAAAACUUUAUUCGUUUCUCGUGAUAGAUUUGUUACGUUUGUUCCUAAAAUAUCAAAAAAAAAAUUGCGAGGGUUGCUGUUGUGUUAGCUUCUAAAUCACCAAAGAGGCUUUUGGAAGAGAAGCUCAUCUCUUUCUUGGAGUCAUGUGAAACCCAGAAACAGCUUCUUCAGGUUCAAUCACAAACUGUAACUCAUGGUUUACAACAUAACGAUUACGUCGGUCCCAGAAUCGUCGCCGCUUGUUGUAGAAUCACGAGGAUUGAUUACGCACGCCAAGUGUUCGACGGAAUCUCUCAACCAAAUAACACUUUUUUUUUUUUUUUGUUUUCCUGCUCCGUCUGUCUUCUCCGGUGGCCGGUGGGUCGAUUUUGGAUGCGGAGAUUGAUUGCGACUGCGACUGCGACUGCGACUGCGAUUGCCUCAUCGACGGCGAAGAAGAUAGCUUUCCCCAGAGGAAUAGGAGGAGGAGGAUCUGCUGCUGCUGCUCGAGCUUUUUCUUGUUACCGAGAGAAACUGAGAGCAGGGCUUAAUCAUCACUCCUUGAGGUUUGAAGAUGCGCUUGAUUUGUUCUUCGAGAUGGUUCAGUCUCAACCCCUACCUUCCGUUGUUGAUUUCACUAGACUGCUCACUGCUGUUUCCGAUAUGAGAAGAUACGGCACCGUCAUCUAUCUCUCCCAGCAGAUGGAGCUUUUUGGUAUUUCUCACGAUCUCUACAGCUUCACCGUUCUGUUGCAUUGUCUCUGCCGAUGCUCUCGGCUCUCUCUUGCUCUAUCCCUUCUUGGGAAAAUGAUGAAACUUGGGUUUGAGCCCACCAUUGUCACACUUGGCUCUCUCCUCCACGGUUUCUGUCUCCGCAAUCGAUUCCACGAUGCCCUUUCCCUCCUUGAUUCCAUGGCUAAAUCGGGAUACGAACCCAAUGCUGUUAUCUACAACACUCUCAUUGAUGGUCUCUGCAAGAACGGUCAUCUCAAUAACGCCUUGGAGGUUUUCAACAUGAUGGAAGGAGUCCCAGGGGAUCUUGUUACCUACAACACUCUCUUAACCGGCCUUUGUUCUUCUGGUCGAUGGGACGAAGCCUCUCGCCUGCUGAGAGAUAUGAUGAACAAGAGAAUAAACCCUGAUGUUGUCACUUUCACUUCAUUGAUCGAUGCAAUUGCUAAAGCAGGCAACCUUCCUGAGGCUCAAGAGCUGUACAAGGAGAUGAUACAAGCCUCUGUCGAUCCUAAUGCUGUCACUUACAAUUCACUCAUCAAUGGGCUCUGCCUGCAGGGUCACCUGUACCACGCCAAGAAAACAUUCCAUCUGAUGCUAAGCAAGGGUUGCUUCCCAAACUUGGUGACCUAUAACACUCUCAUCAAUGGUUUCUGCAAGUAUAGGAGCGUAGAUUACGCGAUGAAACUCUUCCAAAGGAUGUCUCUCGAAGGAUUGGUUGGGGACACAUUCACUUACAACACUCUUAUCCAAGGGUAUUGUCAGGUUGGUGAACUACGAGCUGCCCUAAACGUAUUCAGCUUGAUGGUGUCUUGUCGAGUGACUCCUGAUAUUAUAACUCACUGCAUUCUGUUACAUGGUUUUUGUGUUAAUGGGGAGAUUGAAAACGCACUGGCCAAAUUCGAUGAUAUGAGAAGAGGUGAAAACUGUAUUGGUGUUGUUGCGUAUAACAUUAUGAUUUACGGGUUGUGCAAGGCGGAUAGAGUGGAAAAAGCUUGGGAAUUAUUUUGUGAGCUGCCUUUCCAAGGAGUGAAGCCUGAUGCUAGAACAUACACUACAAUGAUAUUGGGACUGUGUAAAAAUGGGCCAAGGCGUGAAGCGGAUGAGCUGUUUAGAAAAAUGAAAGAGGAUGGGAUCAUAUGCCAGUUGAAUGGCCCUUUAGGAGGAGAGGAGAGAGCAUGACACAAGUAAUCAGGACUUAAGGAUUCUCGGCUAAUUUUGUUGUUGCAGUCAUCGUCAUAUAUUGAAGGAUUGUGGAUUUGAUUUGGUCAGGACAAGUUUGAAGAAGCACUCAAGCACAAAAACUGUUGCAGAGAUAAUUUUUGGAAAUGUAAAUUGUAUGAUGAAGCAGGUGUUAGCAUGUAGAAACCUGAACUGAUUUAGCAUUCUGUAUAUAAGACUUUGUAUGUACAUGAGGAUGA